UCAUUAACGUGCGACUCUGUUAGGACGCGUAGAAAGUGGUAGAAAGUCCCGUGCGUGAGAUAAAUAUUUUUUGUCUGAGAAAGUGUUCAGUAAGGACAAAACGUUUGUUUACAUUUGUAUUUCCACGCCGAUAAGUAACAACAAUAAGAUACUGAUGUCUUGUUUCGGUGGAGAUCCCAAUUUCUGCCCUGAGUGUGGCAAUGUGCUGCCUCUUCCUGGGCUGCACGACACGGUCACCUGUCCUCGCUGUGCUUUCAGCAUCCCUGUCCGCGAAUUUUCUAGUCAAAAGAUCACGUCUACGGUCGUCUUUAAUACUUUAGAACUGUCCUCUGUUACUGUGGAGGACGAGGACUCGGAGCUCAAGGGUGCUGUGAUUGACAGGCGCUGCUCUCGCUGCAAUAAAGAGGGGAUGGUGUAUCACACCAGACAGAUGAGAUCCGCAGAUGAAGGACAGACAGUAUUUUUCACCUGUAUACAUUGCAGAUAUCAAGAGAAAGAAGACUCCUGAGAGCUUGAGUUGCGCAGAUGCUUCUCCAUUCCCCUGGACCUCAGUAUUCUGUUCUUGUGCAUUUUUGUCUGUAAACAAGAAUGUGCUUGAUCAAUGUAAUGCAAACUUUAAAUGUAUUGUAGUAAACACAAUUGGUAUGCUA